CAAACAAAACAAAUCCCACAUUGUCAAAGUACUGCCUCCGUUUAUCAAACUUACUCGUGAUGAUUAGAAGUAUACUGAUGUAAUGCUAACAACGACGAACAUGACGAUGACGUUUAAUGUGGCGAUUUACGUCAUAUUUAAGUAAUACAUAUGUAAUGCAGUGUGUGUGCGAGCUCAGAAGCGUAAUUUGGGGAUGAGAAUUCGCUAACGCCCAGAAUAAUUUUAUGUAGUUUCCUUUUCGACACAGUUUGGCUCCCGUGCUGCUGUUAUGUAAUACUGUGGCAUUUAGUACUAUUGAUUGCUGGAAUCAUUACAAGAAGCGUCCUUUUGAAAACAGACAAGCUUUACUACUAUCAGUUUUCAGUGGUUUUUAGAAGUCUUGGCGGUUUUGAUAUGGGGCUCGUGUUGGUGGGUGACAGUAGAGGUAGGCGAAUCGAUUCAUAUGUUGGUAUUGCCGAUACUAGUGUCAUGACAGCAACACGAAAAACCCAAGUAUGUUACCGGAUGACGGUUGUGGUGUUAGUCUGGGUUUCUAAUUGCAAAUUCUGGUUGGAGCAGAUUGAAGUGUGUGCUUUCUGAUACAUUUGUUACCGUGUUUGCUCUCUGGUGGGAGCGUUUAAAAAUGUCUUUGUCCUUGUCCAGGCAUUAGUCUAUAGUUGUGUAGUGAUGGGCGAUACCAGAUUUUUUUUUGCCUUUUUUUGCCAUAUCGACACCGAUACUUUGUGAUUUUUUUCCUCCCCUUCAAACAUGGCAGAAACAGGCCAUUUUAACAACUUUAAUUUGUAUUUUUCACAACACGUUAGUCGGAACAAAUUACAAUACUUUUUUUUUUUUUUUUUUUUUUUUUACAAAAUAUAACCCAAAUGUCCUCUUCAGAAAUUCAAUUUUUCAUAUCUUUUGAUCAACUUCAGCCCUCAUCAUAAAGGUAAAGGGGCCAGUUAUAGCAUUCACACGUUUGCAUAUUACAUUUGAGAUGUAGCACUUUAGCAGCCAUCUCGUGAAGUAGGAGAUGCUCCCCUGUUAUCACAGUGUAUCCAGGCAGGUUGCUGUUUGCAUUUUUAUUUAAAAAUUGUUUAAAAGGCAAAGCCCAAAAGCUGGGCCAGAGGUUGGCAACAGCUUGUUGAGGACCUUUGGGGCAAAAAGCCGAAUGAUUUGAAUGAAUACUAGUUUUUGCUUUUGUUUAGUUGACAAAAACAUGAAACACAUUAUAAAAGCGUGUGUAAUGAAAGGGAAUAAUUGCAUUAUUUUGUUGACAUUGUUACAUAUCUUAAAUAUUGUUAAAUAUUUGACAAAUAAGUGUUCGAAAAUCUUUGUCCUAUGUUUCAUUCUGGUUAUAAUGACAAUCACCAGAUUAAAGCAAAAAUGACAAAAUCAUUCAAUAAUCCAGGGAAAACGAGUACAUUUGUAUCAGCCAAACUGCCCACCGCUACUUGACAAAGUUGACCACUAGAGGGCAGCAGAGGACAGCGCCAAGUGAGGCGAUGGAAACGCGAUGGAGGAGUUUGAGCAGUUUGCUGAGCAGACAUUAAUCUUUAACAUCAUCAGCAGACAGUUUGAAGUUUGUGUCAUGUGAGAAUGUGCACUUUACACUGGGACACUCAGGCGACGAGCAUUCACUCAUGACAAGGACACCUGUCGCAGGUUUGAAAUGUUAACUUGCUGGUUAACUUUCACGGCUUUUUUGGCUGUCCCAGCGUAUCCCGAGGGAGCAGCUGUUGGCCAGAAUGCCCUGACGGUGGUGGUGCCCACCAUCAGGGUUGAAGGUCAACCACAGGUGGCAGUGACUAUUAAGUGUGGUGAUGGAAAGGGGGCGGCAGGUGUGGUGGCCUACUGGCACACGCCCUUUGGACACCUCCAAACGCCUGGCUUCCAUUCCAGACUGGACCCGGUCUACAUGCACCAUGAUGGCCGCCUCGUGGUCAACAACUUGAGCAGCCUCCACGAGGGCUUGUAUUACUGUCUCCUGCAGCAUGACGGAGUGUCCACACUGUUCCCUUACCAGCUCCGCAAACGACCAGAAGAUGGAGGGCGUGAACAUCUCAGGGUCAGGAGGGAGCUUGGCUCCGUUCCAGAGGAGCAGAAAGGCGUUUCUGUCCAGUUCUUUGCAGGAGCUGUGGCGGCUUCAGUGCUACUCACAUUUGUGUUUGGCUUCAGUGCAGGAGCUCUGAGCAGGAGACAUGUUCUCAGGUGCCUGCCGGGGCUCACAAGGAUGUUACCUGCCUCAUCACCACGGCAACAGCAUCACCUGCCAGGCUCUGACAUCACCAUGGUGACACUUCCACCCAUGUACAACAAGAUGGAGCAGGUGAGGGACGAUGAGACCACAAGCAGCUUGGGAUCCAAUCCACCUGCCAAACCUCAGAGAAGCUUCCGGGAAAGACGAGGCGAGGACGAGCAGGAGGCGACCGCCUACUUGGAAGCAUGUGACCAGGUGGAAGGGAGGAGCAAGGAGGAGGCGAGAGGAAGGCUGGAGGAAUGUGAAGGAAAGGUAACAGAAGUUAGACCAUCAGGAGAUGAUUCCAGCAAAGAAGAUGAGGAGGGGAGGAGACAGGAAGAUGACGCGGACGAGGUUGGAGAAGUGGGAGGUUCUGAUGGGAGGAUGGAGGAGAAGAAGAGGAACGAUGAAAAUGAAGGAGAGAAGAGGGACGAUGAAGAUGGAGUAGACAUGAGCAGUGAAGAUUUGUCCUCACAAACAGACGAUGAUGAUGGAGACAAAGGCAAAAAAGACGAACCAUCCUCCUGUCAAGUCUCGCCGCCUCGUCCAAGUCGCGUCAUUCGUCUCUAUCAGUACGACGAAGAUGGCCGCCGAUACGGCCACCUGCCCGACGAGCCGAGCCCCGCCCCCAGACUCAAGCAGCGCUCCGCCUCUCUGACGCGCCUCAACACCAUCAUGGCCUCCGCCUCAGCUGGCCAGAUGGACACGCCCCCAGGAGAGGAGGAAGCUGUGGGAAAGACAGAGAGGGCACACUUCAGCAUGAACAUUUAGAAUGUAAACAAAACAAAACUUUUUCUUUGAGGUCUUGUGCAUAAAUACGCUUGGUGACAAACCCUCCAAAAUAAUUGUAUUAUUUUAAUGAACUAGUAAA